AUGACAUCCUUCUCCCUGCCCGCAGCCCUAACACCUACCCUGAGCGGCCGCGACGCCAUCGCUGAUGCACUCUAUCGCUGCGUCCUCGGGCUAGACACGAAUGACCUGGCCCUCUUUGACUCCGCCUUCACCUCCACCGCUACAUUCUCUAUCGGCGAUAAGACCUUCUCGGGCCUUCCUGCCAUCCACACCGACUGUUUCGAAGUGAUCAGCAAGCUGGAUACCACUCACUUCGUCACUAACAUCCGCAUAAACAUCGCCGACAGUGGCGUUAAGGCCGCGGCGACUGCCUCUGCGCUCGCGCAGCACUACCGCGGUGGGAAGGGGAAUGAGCCCGAUCAGCCACGGCUGAUGUCUGGGGCGCAGUACUAUGCUGAUUUGGUAAAGGAUAAUGAAAGUGGACUGUGGAAGAUUGAGGCCUUUAAGAUGACGCUGUCUUGGACGGAGGGUGACUGGGGUGUGAUGAAUUCAAUUGAAGGAUAG